UUCAGGCCUCACACGAAAACCAAACCUCUCAACGGUUGCCAUUUUUCUAAUCUUCUUCAUGCUAUGAAUAAUUAGAGUUCUCCCCUGAUGAUGAAAACCAUGGCGUGUACGGCAGUCUCAUGAACGCUGCCGGUAGCUUCAUGGGUGCCCUCGGCUCCAUUCCCUGCUGCAUCUGCUGCCCCAAUCCCUACAAGUCUGUUACGCAAGGCCAUGUUGGUUUGAUCACUCGGUUCGGAAAGUUCUACAAGAUUGUCGACCCAGGAUUGACAAAGAUCAACCCGGUGACGGAGAAGAUGAUCAAGGUCGACAUCAAGAUCCAGAUCGGGGAUAUUCCUCAACAGGUUAUCAUGACCAAGGAUAACGUCAAUGUCCAGAUCGACUCGGUCCUCUACUGGCAUAUCAUCAACCCUUCGCAGUCUGUCUUUGGAGUCAGCGAUAUUAAAUCUGCAUUGAUUGAGAGAACGCAAACGACUCUUCGUCACAUUCUGGGCAUGCGCGUACUUCAGGAGCUGAUCGAGAACCGUGAGGCCAUUGGCGAGGAGAUUCAAGAAGUCAUCGACGCGCCCGCACGUGAAUGGGGCGUCAAGGUCGAGUCAGUCCUGAUCAAGGAUAUCACCUUCUCGAAGGAGCUCCAGGAAUCGCUCUCGUCCGCCGCACAGGCAAAGAGAAUGGCGGAAUCCAAGGUCAUCGGCGCACAGGCCGAGGUCGACUCUGCGAAGCUGAUGAGAGCUGCCGCUGACAUCUUGAACACACCAGCGGCCAUGCAGAUCCGUUACUUGGAAACGAUGGCCAAUAUGGCCAAGGGUUCAAACACCAGGGUUAUCUUCAUGCCGACGCAGCAGGGUCCACAGGAAAUGACUCCUUUGCAGGCCAACCAGUGGGAGCAAAUGAGCAAGCAAUAAGAUCCGCGCAACUGGUUUAUUCAACGCGUCAAGCAAACAUAACUGUCCAAGAUAUCAGUACUGCGUAAUACCCCCCUUCAACCAAGUAAUCCACUACCUCCAGCGUAUCCUCUUUAUAAAUAUGACUUUUAUUAUUAUUAUUAUUAUCUACACGAGUACAUAGUACCUACUCUUCACCAGAGCCCUUGGCAUCAUUGCUUAUACCCUUGCGAGCAUGUUCUUGUCGGUGACAUACCUCAGCACAAAUAAGAUCGCAGUUCCCACCGCCAUAACCGUACCAGACCAGAGGAUGACACCCGUGUAGUCGGUCUUGUGCCCAAUCGAGUCGAGAAUGGCACCGGAGACUGGGGAUCCGAUCAGGGAUCCCACGGCCAUGCCCGCGUAAAUGAUACCGGUCACUGU